AUGUGGCUUCUCAGCACCUCACGAGCCGACCUGCACUUCUUCUCGGACCCUAGCUCUGUGCCGGAAGGCUAUGCCAUUUUAUCACAUACUUGGAGUCAAGUCCCAGGACUUCCAGAGCAGUCAUUCCAGGAUACACAAGCCAUCAUCGUCAGGUGCAAUGCCGAAGGCUCCAAUCCCCGCGACUUCGUCUCGCCCAAAAUAAGGGAGUGCUGCGUGGUUGCGGAGCGAGACGGAUACCUAUGGGUGUGGAUCGACACUUGCUGCAUCAACAAGGAGAGCAGCACGGAGCUGUCGGAGGCAAUUAACUCGAUGUUCAGCUGGUACGUCAUGUCCGAAGUCUGCUACGCAUACCUCGACGACGUCGGCUCCGACGACGACCUCUACUCCCGACACUCGCAAUUCCGUCGCUCUCGGUGGCACACUCGGGGAUGGACGCUGCAAGAGCUUCUCGGACCGGCAUUCUUAGUGUUCAUGUCGAAGAUUGGAAGCCGCUGGGGACAAGACACGAACUUGCUGACCGCCUGGCAAGAAUCACCGGGAUUCGCGAAGCCGCAAGGCGACGCGGGUGGAGGACGAGGCGUACUGCCUCCUUGGGUCUUCAACAUCAACAUGCCGACGCUCUACGGGGAAGGUCGUCAAGCGUUCUACCGCCUCCAAGUAGAGCUUUCGCGACAAUCCUCCGACACCACCCUGUUUGCGUGGGGCAUCUCUCAUCGGUCCAACCACGACAACCUCCCAAAGGAGUCACUGAAGAAAAUUUGGGCUGGGCUCCACGGUACGACUCAUCACUCGCGCUUCCUGUUCGCCCCCUCCCCCUCUUCGUUCAUGAAAUCCGAUGUCUACUGGACUCCAGGGCUCAGUACCAACGGGGUCCUGCAGCCCUAUCUGGCUUCGCAGUGGACCACAAAUGACGAGUCGGUGAUCGGUGCUCACAGAAAGAAGACUGGGCCUUUCGGACGGAUCAAGUUGCCUACUUUCAAGCUCACAAGUCAGGGAAUGAAAUGUCAUUUCCCAGUGGCAGAGUUCGCCGGCAUUACGAUCAUGGUGCUUCUAGCGCAGACCGACGAUCAGCACCUGGGGAUCAUUCUGCAUCCCGCAGAGUCGGACGAGAUUCAAAACCCAAGCCAGCCACUCUUCUACGUCACUUGGGCCUUCAAAAAAGACGACUCCGCUUACAACAUCUUCCGCCUGGUAGAGCUUGGUGGAGACCUUUACAACCUCACGUUCCGAGGUUUUCCCAUCGAUGCUACCUGGCGCGACCUCUACAUCCAUGCUGGACCACGCAUACAGGAUCGUAUUGACCCAGCGCACCUCAUCAUCCGCCUCCUUCCCGACCGCUUUCCUGCCCCUUUCCGAAUACCGCGUUGGCUCGUCGGCAGCCUCGCCUCCCGCCAGUUCGUCCCAAGCACUAGUAUCUCCAAGACGGACCUGGGUGCGGCGUUUGAAAUGCGGCUCAAAUUCUCCUACCUGUCCGAACGCAUCUGGGUCAAGCUCGGCACUUGCGUCCACAUACCAUCCGACGUCGGUGUUGUACACUGGGCAUGGGCGAUCUCCGAAGACCUCCGCGCACCCGGCGCACCAUGGGAUCGCGCGCACGACUGUGCGACGGAGCACGUCGACGACUGGGGCGGCGCGCCGCCGGAAGGCGACACGCAGUCGGAACAGUCCGCCCCACCGUACGAGGCUCACGUCAACCUCGUGCGUGCGCAGUGGGCGACGUACGCAGACAAUGCCUCAUCCAGCGAGUCCCCCCCGCCCCUCGCGCGCCACCGGCACCAACGCCAGCUGUCUACUGCUGGCCUGGUGGGCUUCCCAUCACAAAUCUCCGUGCCGUCUGCCGCUUCCCCGGAGCCCAUCUCUCCCUCCCAGUCGCCCAGUUUUCCAGUGUCGCAGACCGAGUGGCGGCCGACGAAGGACGAAUCCACGGCGAUGCGUCGGCUCGCGAAGAGGUUUGGGAGUUUACUUGGAUCGCGCCCGAAAAGGAGGGAGUCGAACACGAGCAGGGGAGACAGCAAGACCAACGGCACUGGCACCGGCAAGGGCAAGAGCGUCGACGGGUGA